UCCAGCAGCGCAUCGGCUGUCAACUCGAUUGACAGUUCAACUUCCGUCUCCGCGUCGUCUUUCUUUCUAGUUUGAACGUCCAAACAAGUGAGUUGAGUUUCAAUUUUGUGCCGCUCUCGUUUCGUGUCGGAAGGACUUAAAAAAUGCGUUACGUGGCUGCAUACCUCCUGGCUGUCCUCGGCGGCAACGCCAGCCCAUCGAAUGCCGACAUCGAGAAGAUCCUGAGCUCGGUUGGUAUCGAGGCCGAUUCGACUCGCGUCACCAAGGUGGUCAACGAGCUGAAGGGCAAGUCGGUGGAGGAACUGAUUGCCUCCGGUCGCGAGAAGCUCUCGUCGAUGCCAGCUGGUGGAGCCGCUCCGGCUGCCGGUGCUGGUGCCCCUGCCGGUGGUGCCGCUGCCGCUCCUGCUGAGGAGAAGAAGGAAGAGAAGAAGGAAGAGUCGGAAUCGGAGGACGACGACAUGGGCUUCGGUCUCUUUGAAUAAGAAGGGAUUCAACCACAUCUCAUUGGGAUGUGUCGAUGACCAUUCGUACGAAAGGUACAAAAUAUUUAUUUCUGUGAAAUAAAUAACCAAAAAACUGAAAAUAUAAAGCAAGGAGGAGACUCUGAAAGCCAAAGAA